AUGGCCGUGGCUGUCGAGCCCUCCCCAGGGGAGAGCACCCACUUCCGGCGGGAGACGUGUGCACCUCCUUCCUCUCAGGGUCCCACGCGGGGCCAACCUGGAAACACCACCCAGGCUGGUAUUGAGGUCUCCCUUGUCUUCCCAGCGGAUACGCCCAUCGAGGAAUUCACACCAACGCCAGCGUUCCCAGCCCUGCAGUACCUGGAGUCUGUGGAUGAAGGAGGGGUGGCGUGGCAAGCCGGACUGAGGACGGGGGACUUCCUGAUUGAGGUGAACAAGGAGAACGUCGUGAAGGUCGGCCACCGGCAGGUGGUGAACAUGAUCCGCCAGGGAGGGAACCACCUCGUCCUCAAGGUGGUCACGGUGACCAGGAAUCUCGACCCGGACGACACCGCCAGGAAGAAAGCCCCCCCGCCUCCCAAGCGCGCCCCGACCACGGCCCUCACCCUGCGCUCCAAGUCCAUGACCUCGGAGCUGGAGGAGCUCGUGGAUAAAGCCUCCAUCCGGAAGAAGAAGGAUAAGCCCGACGAGAUUGUCCCAGCCUCCAAGCCAUCCCGCACUGCUGAUAACGUGGCCGUGGAGUCCAGGGUAGCCACCAUCAAGCAGCGGCCCACCAGCCGGUGCUUCCCAUCCGUCUCCGACAUGAACUCCGUGUACGAACGACAGGGGAUCGCCGUCAUGACGCCCACUGUUCCUGGGAGCCCGAAAGGCCCGUUUCUGGGCCUCCCCCGAGGUACGAUGCGAAGGCAGAAAUCAAUAGCCUCAGAGGAGCUGGGCCACUGCCGGACCCGGCUGGACCCGGCGGCCCCAGGCCGGCCCUCGGGGACGCUGCGGGUGAUUUCUGGAAGCGCCUCCUGUUAUUGGAGGCCUGGCUCCUCGGUCACUAGCAGGACCAUCGUGGCGGCGGGCUCCGUGGAAGAGGCGGUGAUCUUGCCAUUCCGCAUCCCUCCUCCCCCUCUGGCAUCCGUGGAUUUGGACGAGGAUUUUAUUUUUACAGAGCCAUUGCCUCCCCCCCUGGAAUUUGCAAAUAGUUUUGAUAUCCCCGAUGACCGCAUCGCUUCCGUCCCCGCCCUCACGGACUUGGUCAAGCAGAAGAAACACGACGCCUCCCAGCCCCCUCCGUUGAACCCCAGCCAGCCGGCCAACUGUGCGGACGGUAAGAAGCCGGCCGGCCUCUCCAACUGCCUGCCCGCCUCGUUCCUGCCACCCCCCGAGAACUUUGACGCCGUGACGGACUCUGGGAUCGAGGAGGUGGACAGCCGGAGCAGCAGCGACCACCACCUCGAGACGACCAGCACCGUGUCCACGGUGUCCAGCAUGUCCACGCUGUCAUCCGAGGGCGGGGACAACGUGGACACCUGCACGGUCUAUGCGGACGGGCAGGCGUUUACGGUGGACAAGCCCCCGGUGCCUCCGAAGCCAAAAGUCAAGCCCAUCAUUCCCAAAAGCAACGCGCUCUACCAGGACGCGCUGGUGGAAGAAGACGUGGACAGCUUCGUCAUCCCUCCCCCGGCGCCCCCGCCCCCGCCGGGCAGCGCCCAGCCUGGGGCCGCGAAGGUGACGCCGCCGAGGACCUCCAAGCUGUGGGGUGACGUCUCGGAGGUCAGAAGCCCAAUUCGCUCGGGCCCGAAGGCAAACGUGAUCAGCGAAUUGAACUCAAUCCUACAGCAAAUGAACCGAGAGAAAUCGGCCAAGCCGGGGGAAGCACUGGAUUCGCCCACGGGCACCAAGCCCGCCAGCCUCGCUCCCAGAAGCCCAGAGGUCGUGAGCACCGUCUCGGGUACACGGAGCACCACGGUCACCUUCACGGUUCGCCCGGGGACCUCGCAGCCCAUCACCCUGCAGAGCCGGCCCACAGACUUUGAGAGCAGGACCUCAGGAACGAGGCGCGCCCCGAGCCCCGUGGUCUCGCCAACGGAGAUGAACAAGGAGACUCUGCCCGCCCCCCUGCCCGCUGCCGCUGCCGUCCCUUCCCCCACGCUCUCAGAGGUCUUUAGCCUUCCGAGCCAGCCCCCGGCCGGGGACCUGUUUGGCUUGAACCCAGCGGGACGAAGCAGAUCGCCGUCCCCCUCCAUACUGCAACAGCCAAUCUCAAAUAAGCCUUUCACGACUAAGCCUGUGCACCUGUGGACUAAACCAGACGUGGCGGACUGGCUGGAAAGUCUCAACUUGGGCGAGCAUAAAGAGACCUUCAUGGACAACGAGAUUGAUGGCAGUCACCUACCAAACCUUCAGAAGGAAGACCUAAUCGACCUUGGGGUGACUCGGGUCGGGCACAGAAUGAACAUAGAAAGGGCUCUGAAACAGCUGCUGGACAGAUAA